AGCCGGUGAGGCUGCUGGGGGCGUGGUUACCGACGGACUCUGUUCGCCGGGUUCAGCACAGUCUCUGCGCCACGUGAGGGUCGGGAACGGGCAGUGACGUCACUCAGACAGGACUCUCAUCAACAUGCCGCGAGGGAAGCAGGAGCUGGAGGACGAGGAGGAGAAAGUGAAGGAGACCUCAGAGAAAGUGGUGAAGAAAGGCAAAAAGGACAAGAAAGUAAAGAAAUCGUUCUUUGAGGAACUUUCUGCGGAUAAUAAGCAGGCGCAGGAGGAGGAGGAAGCUGCCAAGGAACGCGAGAAGGAGAGGGAACAGCAGCUACAGCAGCAAAAGAAAAAGGAGAAAAAGAAAAAGGAUCGUCGGAAACACAGAGGAGGAGAUGACGAUGAUGACGAGGACAAGGAGAUCACAGAGAAGAUAAAGAAGCUGUCUGUACAAGCCAGUGAUGAAGAAGAUGAAUUGGUGUCUGCAUCUGUUCGCAGAGGUGGUAAGAAUCAGGCAAGGAAUAUCUUUGCGGCCCUUGGAGAUGAUCAGAGCGAGGAGGAGGAAGAAGAGGAAGAAAAGACUUCUAAGAAAGAGAGAGGCAAGAAAUUAAAGGAAGAAGACAAAGAGGAGGACAAAAAGCAAAACAAAAAAGGAAAGAAAAAUGAAAAAGGCAAACAAAAACUUACUAGUGAAGAUCGACCAGUAGCUGAAGACGACGUUCCAAAAGAAAAACCUAAAGCCAAAGUUCCCACUGAAGUCAAAAAGGCACCAGAACCAGAGAUUCCAAAGGAGAAAACAAAGGGCAAAAAACCUCCGCCUAAACUUCCUUCCAUUGAUUCUGAAGAAGAAGAGGAGGAGAAAAAGCCCAAAAAAGGGGCAAAAAAGGGAAAACCAGCUCAGAAUCGGUUUGUUGCAUUAGACAGGGAUGAAGAUGAAGAUGAUGAUGCUGAGAGUGGUGGUUCUGGUGAUGGUCAGUCCGGCGAUGAAGAGAAAGUGGAAGAAGAUAAAGGGGAAGAUCCGUUUGCCAAUAUGAGUAAAAAGGAGAAGAAAAAGAUGAAGAAGCAGAUGGAUUAUGAGAAACAAGUGGCCACGAUGAAGAAGGCCACUGCUGCUGAAAAUGACUUUUCUGUUUCGCAAGCGGAAUUGUCAUCCCGUCAAGCCAUGCUGGAGAAUGCCUCUGAUAUCAAGCUUGAAAAAUUCAGUAUUUCCGCCCACGGGAAGGAGCUCUUUGUUAACGCUGAUCUGUACGUGGUGGCCGGUCGCCGUUAUGGUUUGGUUGGUCCCAAUGGGAAAGGGAAGACCACACUCUUAAAGCACAUCGCAAACAAAGCUCUGAACAUCCCGCCCAACAUUGACGUCUUACUGUGUGAACAAGAGGUUGUUGCUGAUGAAACCCCAGCUGUCCAGGCUGUUCUCAAAGCGGACACAAAGCGUCUAAAGCUCCUGGAGCAAGAGAAGAGGCUUCAGGCCCGACUAGAAAAAGGAGAUGACACUGCAGGCGAGAGAUUGGAGAAGGUGUACGAGGAAUUACGAGCCACAGGAGCUGCCUCUGCAGAAGCAAAGGCUCGUAGGAUCUUGGCUGGUCUUAGUUUUACUCCAGAGAUGCAGGACCGAGAAACCAAGAGGUUCAGUGGAGGAUGGAGAAUGAGAGUGUCUUUGGCAAGAGCUCUAUUCAUGGAGCCAACUCUUCUGAUGUUGGAUGAACCUACCAACCACUUGGACCUCAAUGCUGUUAUCUGGCUAAACAAUUACCUCCAAGGUUGGAAGAAGACGCUGCUCAUAGUAUCCCACGACCAGGGAUUCUUAGAUGAUGUCUGUACGGACAUAAUGCACCUGGACUAUCAGAAGCUGUAUUAUUACAGAGGGAACUACAUGACCUUUAAGAAGAUGUACCAGCAGAAGCAGAAGGAGAUGCAGAAGCAGUAUGAUAAGCAGGAGAAGAGGCUGAAGGAGUUGAAGGCUGGUGGGAAAUCAUCCAAGCAAGCAGAGAAGCAGACUAAAGAGGCUUUAACGCGAAAGCAGCAGAAAUGUCGGAAGAAGAACGCAGACGAAGAAGGGAACGAACCCGCAGAGUUACUGAAACGACCCAAGGAAUACACAGUGAAGUUCACAUUUCCCAACCCUCCCCCACUCAGCCCCCCCAUCCUGGGCUUACACGGGGUCGAUUUUGGGUACUCCGGACAGAAGAUGCUGUUUAAGAAUUUGGAUUUUGGCAUAGACAUGGAGUCCAGAGUCUGUAUUGUAGGCCCUAACGGCGUGGGGAAGAGUACCCUGCUACUCCUACUGACAGGAAAAUUAACGCCAACAAAAGGUGAAAUGCGUAAGAAUCACAGGCUGAAAGUUGGGUUCUUCAAUCAGCAAUACGCAGACCAGCUAACCAUGGAGGAAACCGCCACGGAAUAUCUACAGCGCAACUUCAAUCUCCCUUAUCAAGACGCUCGCAAGUGUUUGGGCAGAUUCGGCUUGGAAAGCCAUGCUCACACCAUCCAGAUAUGCAAACUGUCAGGAGGGCAGAAAGCUAGGGUGGUGUUUGCGGAGUUAUGCUGUCGGGAGCCAGAUGUUCUUAUUUUGGAUGAGCCUACCAAUAACCUGGAUAUCGAAUCGAUUGACGCCCUGGCGGAAGCGGUGAACGAGUAUAAAGGAGCGGUGAUUACGGUCAGCCACGAUGCCCGUCUCAUCACAGAGACGAACUGCCAACUGUGGGUGGUGGAAGAACAGACUGUGAACCAGAUCGAGGGAGACUUUGACGACUAUAAGAGAGAAGUCCUGGAGAGCCUGGGGGAGGUGAUGGUCAAUAAGCCUCGGGAGAAGGAAUGAGGAGAUCACAGGAGACGAGCGACUGUUACUGUGCCACAUCCAAUGAAGGAGGGAACCUCACCCUCUCAGACAAGGAUCCCACCCAGUGGGAGAAACUAUUUUUAUUUCCAUCUUGCUGCCUUGUUAAUGCAAAGAACACAAAUAAAUAUUUAUAUAUUGGC